CUCAGAAAACCGUCGUUACCCAUCAAAGCCCAUCCUUGGCUCUUCCUUUCUCUUUCUUUUUCUCCUGGUUAUUUCUUGCUUUUCCUCUCUAAUAUAGAAAGUGAUAUAUAUGUUGAGGGCAUAUUUGCUGAAAGAUUUGAUUUUGAUUCAUUGAAUCUAUGGAGCAGCUUAUCAACUUCAUUAUUCGCCCACCAAGAGCUGAAUAUGACCCCAAGAGUGAUUUAUUGGAGCAAGAGUUCAUGGUGAGAGGGAAAUGGUAUCAAAGAAAGGAUGUGGAGAUCAAAAACAGUCGAGACGAUGUUCUUCAAUGCAGUCAUUACAUGCCUAUUAUCAGUCCAGAAGGAAAGCCUCUGCCAUGUGUGAUAUAUUGCCAUGGAAACAGUGGAUGCAGGGCUGAUGGAAGUGAAGCUGCUAUAAUCUUGCUUCCUUCAAAUAUUACAGUUUUUACUCUGGAUUUCUCAGGAUCGGGAUUGUCUGGAGGGGAGCAUGUCACUCUUGGUUGGCAUGAAAAAGAUGAUCUCAGGGCUGUGGUUGAUUAUCUGCGGGCCGAUGGAAAUGUCUCUUUGAUUGGCUUAUGGGGUCGUUCCAUGGGUGCUGUGACUAGCCUUAUGUAUGGAGCUGAGGAUCCUUCAAUUGCAGGGAUGGUCUUAGACAGUCCCUUCUCUGAUUUGGUUGACUUAAUGAUGGAAUUGGUAGAUACAUACAGAAUUCGUCUGCCGAAGUUCACUGUAAAGUUUGCAAUCCAAUACAUGCGAAAAGCAAUCCAAAAGAAGGCAAAAUUUGACAUAACGAACUUGAACACAAUAAAGGUGGCUAAGAGUUGUUUCGUUCCUGCCCUUCUAGGGCAUGCCAUUGAUGAUGAUUUCAUACAGCCACAUCACUCGGAUCGUAUAUUUGAGGCAUAUGUGGGGGAUAAAAACAUAAUUAAAUUUGAGGGAGACCACAACUCUCCCCGUCCACAGUUCUACUUUGAUUCCAUAAACAUAUUUUUUCACAAUGUUUUGCAACCUCCGGAGGACGAGGUUGGGGGAUCAUUUUUUGACACUGUUACUGAUUACUUUGGUAAGGAUGUUUGGAGAUCGGUUCAUGAAGUAGCAUCCGAUGAUGAAUCACCAUCUAACUACAAAGAACCAUCAACAAGCAGUACAGUAGAUGCCAUUAAGCAAGGCCGUCCAAAAAGACCUAUGAGUAGGAUGGAGGUACCAUCUGAUAUUUCUUCACAAGUUGAACAUUGUGAACACAAGGAUGAUGAAUGCAAUGAUGAUCUUUCCUCUUCAUCUUCUAAAAUGAUUAGCUUUGAACUGUCAAAUGGCGAUCCAUACGGUCCCCAUGUUCCAGCAGCACUGGAUGAUGAUCAAUAUGUGGAAUAUGCACUUGAUGACCUGACAGGUUUUCCAUCCAAUUCAGAGGAGGAAGAAAGAAUGUUUAGGGAAGCUGUGAUCGAAUCGCUGAAAGACAUGGAAAUUAGACAUCCUCAAGAAGAACAACCACCACCCAGUGUCAUUACUAUGUCCGCAAAACCAUCAGAAAAAGGUGCUUCUGUGGAGGAGCUUUCAAGGUCCCCGGAGACAAGACAAUCUUCCCCCGCAGUUGACCAUGAUAAGCAUUCAGACGCUGAACCCGUUUCUAGCAUAGCUGAAGUUUCCAAACCUUUGAAAGCUGAGUCAAAUUCGAAGUCGGUUAUCCAGAAUGAAAAUUGUGCUCCUGAGACGGGUCCAGAACUAAGCCCAUCAUUGAGAGGAACUCUGACAGACACUUCGUCAGUCACAGACAUGAGCCACACAAGUGCUUCUGCUCGCAGUGAUAGCUCUGCUAGUGUGCGAAGUUCAUCAGACGCUGACAUUUCACAUAAUACAAAAGCCACUGUAACUGUUGUUAAGAAUCCAGCAAGCCAUAUUAUGGAUGGCUUAAUGCGUCGUUGGGAUUUCAACUUUUUUCGAAACAGUCAUGGUCGAUAAGAUAGAGAGGAGAUUGUCUUUUAUCUAAGUAGUCCUCCAUUGUUUUUUGGGGUGAUAGAUAGUGAUGCAUUGUUUUUGUAACUGUCAAAAGUUCGUAGUUUGCAAAAUCUUGACCAAUGGAAUAGGUUUCUGGUGUGUAAAGCUAGUAUGUUUAGAUGUAUAACUAACAAAUCAGUAAUAUUCUUUGACUGUAAUAUUGUGAUAUUUCAUUGUUGUAUCAGAAAUUACAUGGGGAAAAAAGAUAUCAUCUUGGACUCUUAAUUGUGGAUGCACAAGGAGGUUUUGGAUUGUGAA